AUGUGUCCUGGCGACGAAUCGGCCGACAUUUCAGCGACUGAGCUGGAGUUCCGAUCAACAGCGGACGACGCUUGGUACAUCGUCCAAGUAGUUCUCCAAACCGAGACGUUCGUCGUCAAGUUUUCAGAAUUCCCCGAGUCAAUCGACAAGAGAGUUAGCGCCGCCGAUUUCCAGACCCUCCAAGCCGUCCACGACUUUGUUCGGCGCUUUCGACCAUUUUCGGUUCAGUUACAGGACAACCAGUGCUCCAAAAUUGUGAAAGGCUUGACAGUCUGUGCCCCAUUCAAAUUCAAACACCACGACAUUCGCUUCUAUGACGCCGUCGUCGAAUCGGUUAGUCUAACCUCUUCAUGA